GAUCGCUCUUCGGUCCUAUUUGAUAUUUGCAUUGCUGGAGUUCCAAAAUAGGAUAUCAAUGGAGAGUUCAUUAUUGCUGUUCUUGCUCCAUGUGCACUCUCUUCGUGCCGUGCUUGUGGCGCUCUCGCAUGUAUUGCAGUAGCGACUUCCUGCAAAUCAUUAGCACGGAUGCUCUUGCAGGUCCACGGAUGGUGCCUAGCCAGCCUAGACAACUCCUAACCCUCAUAUUCGACCCAUAUGGUCGCCAUGAACGAUCGACUCACAAAACCAAGGGUGCGAAAAGAAGCAUAGAACGCUUACGUCAAGAAGCACGGUCAGGUGGCAAGACACUCCCUACAAACCCGGAAGACUUCACGACCGAAGCCAAAGCAAAGGUCUACUACCAGCUGGACAUAAGUGAACUGAUUUGUUUAUCAUACCUCGUGAAGCCAAGGGGGGAUAUUGGCAGAUCGGUCAAGGUGUCCAGGCGGCAGGAUGUCAAAGUUGUCUUGUAUUGUAGAAUAGCGAGACUUGCGGGUAUCCAGGAGGGCGAGGUUUCUUUCAGCAUCUAAGACGGGGAGAGAAUUUGGCUAGGGAAGUGCUGCUGCAGCGGAGGUAUUGCGGCUUAAAUUGCCUGCUUACGACAUGAGGAUCCGCUCAUUCUUUUUGAGACGAUUUCACUGGUUGCAGCGCUGGGUUUUGGAAAGGUUAGAGGACAGAGAAAGU